AUGCCUGUAUCAGUAUCAACUCCGCAAACCCUGUACGACAAGGUUUUCGCGAGCCACAUCGUUGACGAGAAGCUCGAUGGCACAAUCCUGCUGUACAUUGACAGACACUUGGUCCAUGAAGUGACAUCACCGCAAGCCUUCGAGGGCCUCAAGAAUGCCGGCCGCCAGGUCCGCAGACCGGACUGCACUCUGGCCACCACUGAUCACAACGUCCCUACCACAUCUCGAAAAGGCAUCAAGGACAUUGCCUCCUUCAUCAAGGAAGAUGACUCUCGAGUGCAAUGCGUUACCCUCGAGGAGAACGUCAAGGACUUUGGCCUGACAUAUUUUGGCCUGGGCGACAAGCGCCAGGGCAUUGUCCAUGUCAUUGGACCUGAGCAGGGCUUCACCCUCCCCGGCACCACCGUCGUUUGCGGUGACAGCCACACUUCCACACACGGUGCCUUUGGUUCCCUGGCCUUUGGUAUCGGUACCAGUGAGGUCGAGCACGUCCUGGCUACUCAAUGCCUGAUUACCAAGCGUAGCAAGAACAUGCGCGUCCAGGUUGACGGAGAGCUUGCUCCCGGUGUCAGCUCCAAGGACAUUGUCCUGCACGUCAUUGGCCAGAUCGGCACUGCUGGAGGUACCGGCGCAGUCAUUGAGUUUUGCGGCUCCGUGAUCCGAGGCCUCAGCAUGGAGGCUCGCAUGUCCAUCUGCAACAUGUCCAUUGAGGGUGGUGCCCGCGCCGGCAUGGUCGCCCCUGAUGAGAACACUUUCGAGUAUCUCAGGGGCCGACCUUUGGCCCCCAAGUACGGGUCCGAGGAGUGGGACAGGGCCGUUGCCUACUGGAAGUCCCUGGCCUCCGAUGAGGGUGCCAAGUACGAUAUUGACGUCUUCAUUGACGCCAAGGACAUCAUUCCGACCAUCACCUGGGGUACCAGCCCCGAGGACGUUGUCCCAAUCACCGGCACGGUUCCCGACCCCGAGACUUUCCCCACCGAGGCCAAGAAGGCGGCUGGUCGCAGAAUGCUCGAGUACAUGGGACUCACUGCCGGAACUCCCAUGGAGGAGAUUCUUGUCGACAAGGUCUUCAUCGGCUCUUGCACCAACUCCCGAAUUGAGGAUAUGCGAGCCGCUGCCCACGUUGUCAAGGGCAAGAAGAUUGCCGCCAACAUCAAGCGAGCCUUGGUCGUGCCCGGCUCCGGCCUCGUCAAGACACAGGCAGAGGCAGAGGGUAUUGACCAGGUCUUCAUUGACGCCGGUUUCGAGUGGAGAGAGGCUGGCUGCAGCAUGUGCCUCGGCAUGAACCCUGACAUCUUGUCGCCCAAGGAGCGCUGCGCCAGUACCUCGAACCGAAACUUUGAGGGUCGCCAGGGAGCCCAAGGUCGAACUCAUCUCAUGUCCCCCGUCAUGGCUGCCGCUGCUGCCAUUACCGGCAGGCUGACCGAUGUCCGCAAGCUGUCCGAGUACACUACCAGCCCUCACGUCCAGGCUCGCAUCUCCCCGAGCCCUCCCACUGAAGCUGCUCACGUUGAUGAGCGCGUCGAGGACUCUGACGAGCGUGAGGCCAUCGCUGAUCAGCCCCUGGAUCUCCAGCCCCACACAAACACCCUGGUGGCCAAGGGUGAUUCAACCGGCAUGCCCAAGUUCCUCACUGUCAAGGGAAUCACAGCGCCCAUGUCUCAGGCCAACAUCGACACUGAUGCCAUCAUUCCCAAGCAGUUCCUCAAGACCAUCAAGCGCACUGGUCUGGGAUCGGCUCUCUUCCAUAACCUGCGUUAUCUUCCCGAUGGUGCAGAGAACUCCGAUUUCGUCCUCAACAAGGAGCCAUACAGGAACGCCAAGAUUCUAGUCUGCACGGGUGAAAACUUUGGCUGUGGCUCAUCUCGAGAGCACGCCCCUUGGGCUCUGCUCGACUUUGGCAUCAAGGCCGUCAUUGCACCUUCGUUUGCCGACAUCUUCAACAACAACAUGUUCAAGAACGGCAUGUUGCCCAUCCAAAUCUCCAACAAGACCGACAUCGAGGCCAUCGCUGCCGAAGCUCAGGCCGGAAGGGAAGUGGAAAUCGACCUGCCCAACCAGCUCAUCAAGAACGGCGCCGGCGAAACCAUCUGCUCCUUUGACGUUGAAGAGUUCCGAAAGUACUGCCUGGUCAACGGCCUUGACGACAUUGGCCUGACCAUGCAGCUCAAUGACAAGAUUGACGAGUUCGAGAAGCAGAGGACCAUCCACACUCCUUGGCUGGAUGGCACUGCCUACCUGAAGCGAGGCAAGGACGGCAGACUGGCUGCCAAGGCUGUGCCCGUGCCCAAGACAAAUCGUGGCGCGGAGAAGAAGGAGCCUCUGGAUUGGUAG